AUGGUUGACGCCGUGUUUAACCAAGCUGAUCUUAAUAAAGAUCAACGACUUGAUUUCAAUGAAUUUCGUAAUCUUAUUGCCCAAAGUUUGGGUGCAGGAGCUGGAGCAGCAAGUUAUGCAGGAAGUACAACCGCUGGUAAUGGUGGUGCUAAUCAAUUUACAACAAGUUCGACUACUGGUGGUAAUAAUCAGUAUACAACAAGUUCGUACGAAGCAUCAGGACAUGCCACCUUUGCUGAAGGUAAUGGUACAAAUGGAAGUUUUGGUAGUACUGGCGCAAUCGGAGCAAGCCAUGGAAAUGAAACAGGUAAUGUCGGCUGCGAGGGAAGCUAUAGUUCUUAUGAACGUUCAUCGUUCACACCAACAUCCGGUGUUGAUGUGACUGGCUUUGAUGCCAACACAUCAGCGGGUAUUGGUGGGUUCGAUGCUAGUUCAGCUAGUAGCUACGGAGCCGGCGGAAUUGAAGCAAGCUCAGCAUCUGCUGUAGGUUAUGGAGGUGGAGAAACUGCUGGUGCAUCAUCAUCAACAUUCGAAACAACUAGUUCACAAAAUCAAGUACAAGUAAAUGGCGGCGCCAACGCUCAAAAUCUGUACCAAGAUCCUAAUCCACAAAUCAUCCGACGACCAGCACAAGGUGGACCAGUAACAUACACACAAAAUGUUAAAAUUCGAUUUCUUCAACCACCACCUAUUCCACCACCAGGCCCACUUAUCAUUAAAGAAGUACGACCACCUCAACCACCACCACCACCACCACUUCGUGUUCGUCAACAAGCACCACCCCCACCUCAACCACCUCCACUUAUUCUACGUGAAAAACCACCAGCGCCACCAUCAAAUACUGGUUCACAAACUGUUCUUCGACGAUUACCUGCUAUACCUGUCCCCCCUCGAUCAGUAAUUAUCGAACGUUUACCAGCAUUACCACCAAAACCACGUGAUAUUAUCAUCGAACGAUGGGUUCCGUAUUCACACACAUCGAAACGAAAAACUAUCGUGCAACGUGCAGAAGCAGCAAAAGACUAUCCAAAACCACGUAAUAUUAUCAUUCAAUAUGAACCAGUACAAGUACGUGUUGUUCGACAAUUCCAACGUCUCGGUGUUACACAAGAAAGUCCAGCUGCAUAUGUUCAACGCUAUGGAUCAUCACUUUUAGAAGCACAAACAUUAGUACAACAAGCUCGUGCUGCUGGUGUUGUUGAAGAUAUUUCACCACCAAAAGGUGGCCCUAGUCCUACAGGAAGUUCAGCAUCACUUAAUGGUGAAUAUAAUAGUGCAGGUUCAACUGUUGGAGCAACCAGUGGUGUUGAUCUUACAGCUGGUGGUGCAGGUUACGGAAGUGCUGGUGCUGAUUUCACAAGUGCUGGUGCUGAUUUCACAAGUGCCGGUGCUGAGCAUUCAACUGGUAGUGUUGAUUAUUCAGGUGCUGCUGCUGAUUUCUCAGGAGGUGAAGGUCUUGAUUAUACAACUGCUGGUGGUGAUUAUGCAACUGGUGGUGAAAUUGGAACUUCUGCAUCGCCUGCUCAAUCAUUGAAUCGUAGUCGUAGCGGUAGUCAACACAGAAAUGCAAGCAUCAGUGGUGGUUAUGGUACAACACAAGUUACUGGUGGUAGUCAUAGAAAUUCAGUCGCCACUGGUGGUUAUGAUACAACACAUGUUACUGGUGGUAGUAGUCAUAGAAAUUCAGUCGCCAAUGGUGGUUAUGAUACAACACAUGUUAGUGGUGGUAGUCAUAGAAAUUCAGUCGCCACUGGUGGUUAUGAUACAACACAAGUUACUGGUGGUAGUCAACACAGAGCUUCAAACUUCACUGGCUUUGAUACAACUCAAGUUACUGGUGGUAGUCACAGAAAUUCAACCGUCGCUGGUGGUUUCGAAACAGCACAAACUAGUGGUGGUAGUCACAGAGCUUCAAACUUCACAGGUUUUGAUGCAACACAAGCUAGUGGUGUAGAAGGUUUUCCAUCAACAUACGAGAGAGGAACUUCAUUUGCAUCUCAAAGCGGUCGUGUACAAUCUCCAGGAGCAGACUUCGUUGGUGCUAGUGCAUCUGGAUAUGAAAGUUAUAACGGUACAAGUGGUGUUGCUCAUUCAGAAGAUAGUGAUCCAGCUACUAUUGCCUUCAAUGAAGCAGAUUUGAAUAAAGAUGGUACACUUGAUCCCAAUGAAUUUCGUCAAUUUCUUAGCGCUCAAUUUCAACAUCGAACAUAA